AUGAGCCCGGUAGGUAGAUCAAAAGUUCGUCAUGUUGGUGGAUGGGCUGUGCAUAAGAUCCUCACCAGAUACAUAAAAUAUGUAAAGGCAAACAUGUUCUCUAACAACAACUCUACUGUGGCAAACGUUCAUAAGAGGCAAAAGCUUUGUAAUAUAUUAGAGGAGAACAUAAUAGUUCCCUUUGCAAAGUUAGAGGAAACUUCUAAAUAUCCGGAAACCCUUGAUAUUACUGAAGCAAGACAGUAUAGAGAAAGGGGCCUGCUUCAUAUUUCUGAUGAGGCAUAUAUAUUCUUCAUGGCAUUAGAAGAAAAAAGAGUGAAACUUUUAAAUCUGCACAGACUAAAAGAAACAAAAUGUGAAAUGGUGAAAGAUGCUAUGGAGGCUUUAACACAAGACGAAUCGCUGAAAUACAAGUGGAAACGAUGUUUUGGAUUAACCGAUAUUACCAAAUACACGGUAAGUGUCAUGCAUGUCGUAUGCUCGUUCUAUUUUGACUACACUGUAUGACUUCAUUCUGAGUGUAUGACGUAUAUUCUAUAAUUUUCUUAAAAGUCCGCAGCAAUAAAUGCUUCGCAUCCUAUCAUAAGCAGUUACUUAUUAUUUAUACAUCAACUAUUCCAGUCUACGGUAUCUACCUGCCUGAGUCACGGCAAAAUAUAUCAGCACAUGAAUACAAUAUUCUUUCUAUUUUUAAGUUAACUUCUUUACAUUAUAUGUUAUCUCUUUAUUAAGGAGCAUAUUGAAAUGAUGUUAGAGAACAUAUUAUUCCAUUAUUUGAAUAUGGGAACGUCACAAUUUCUGCGAGAUUUCCGACUGGAAUAUAAAGUAAAGAAAGGUGCAGAAAUCAGAAAAAAGGUCCUUGAACGGAAGGAAAAGAUGCAGGAAAAGAAUGAUAGUGUCCCAUUUAACGUGAGAUAUUAUAUUUUACUAACCUAUGCACUGAAUUUAUUCACAAAGCUUUAUCUUAAUUGCAUGAGAAUUCAUUAUACAUUACUGACAUUAUUUAUUAAAUUAUGCACAUUUGAUUAAUUUUAUUUUAUUCAGGAUAUUGUCAAUGACAGAAGUGAGAGGAAACACGUUUCUCACGGUAAACUUGUUGCUUUCAUUAACAAAUACAGAGAUGCUGGAUUGUGUCGUGUUUAUCGUAAACCAGAACUGCUAUUGCUAUGUCAGGCAUAUGAUGUUUCUGUUGCGUCCAGAAUGAAUAAGAAGAGCUUAUCAAAUAAACUGAUAGAAGCAAUUACGACACACUCACAUAUCCUUUCUGUUUCUCAUGUCGAUGAUCGACAAUACAGAGUGACAGAAAAUACUGACGUAGAUGGACACAUUCGAAUUCGUAUUCGGUUAACAGGUAGUUCUUAA